CCGGCUGUAUGCCGCUCUGCAGGACCGUGCAUGGCACACAGGCUCAGGCUGUCUCUCCCUGGACAUACUCCACAGGCUCUUCCCUGGGAUCUGUCACCCCCUCCCCUUCCACCCUGGCUUUUAGAGAGCACCUCUGCCACCUUUCACCCUGCACCCUUGGACCCCCCCUCCACCCCCAACUCCCUCCUCCACACACAGGCAGGUGAUCCCAUCUGCCCCCCUCUUUGUGUUGUGUAUGCAGCUCCUGAGGAUCCUUCUUCAGUCAUGAUCAUCUGAAGACCCCUCCAUCCAUCCAUCCAUCCAUGCAGGAUCUGGGCUGAGGACAGCGUCUCCUUCUGUCUGAACUGACUGUGGACUUCUCUCCCUAGUGUUACUCUUGUUUUGCUGCUUCUACUGUCACCCUCAUCAUCCUCAUGGAUAUAGCAACAGGUCCUGAGUCCUUGGAGAGGUGCUUUAACAGGGGGCAGAGUGACUGUGCCAAGAUGCUGGACAAUAUUAAAAUGGAAGAUCACCCACUCAGGGCUGGCACUGCCACAUUGGGAGUUUUGCUGGGCUCAGAGUGCCAGCACCAGGCAGUGUGUGAGGGCUGCCAGAGACCCAUCUCAGACCGCUUUCUGAUGAGAGUGAAUGAGUCCUCCUGGCAUGAGGAGUGCCUGCAGUGUACAGUGUGCCAGCAGCCUCUCACCACCAGCUGCUACUUCCGGGACAGAAAGCUCUUCUGCAAGCAAGACUACCAACAGCUUUUUGCAGCAAAAUGCAGCGGCUGCAUGGAGAAGAUUGCUCCGACAGAAUUUGUCAUGCGUGCCCUGGAGUGUGUGUAUCACCUGAGCUGCUUCUGCUGCUGUGUGUGUGAACGACAGCUGAGGAAGGGAGAUGAGUUUGUACUGAAGGAGGGACAGCUUUUAUGUAAAAGUGACUAUGAAAAGGAAAAGGACCUUCUAAGUUCUGGGAGUCCAGAUGAGUCAGAUUCUGUGAAGAGUGAUGAUGAAGAUGGUGACGUAAAGCCAGCAAAAUGUCAUGGAAGUCAGGGAAAAGGCAGUGAUGAUGGUAAAGACCCAAGGAGGCCUAAGCGACCACGGACAAUCCUCACAACGCAGCAGAGAAGGGCAUUUAAAGCAUCAUUUGAGGUGUCUUCAAAGCCUUGUCGAAAGGUGAGGGAAACGUUAGCAGCAGAAACAGGACUUAGUGUGAGAGUGGUCCAGGUGUGGUUUCAGAACCAAAGAGCAAAGAUGAAGAAAUUAGCACGAAGACACCAACAGCAGCAAGAGCAACAAAAUUCUCAAAGACUUGGUCAAGAGGUCAUGUCCAGCCGCAUGGAAGGGAUGAUGACCUCAUACGCCCCACUGGCCCCCCCACAGCAACAGAUCGUCACGAUGGAUCAGAACAGCUACAGCACAGACCCCUUCCAGCAAGGACUCACCCCUCCUCAAAUGCCAGGUGACCACAUGAAUCCUUAUGGUAAUGACACCAUAUUUCACGAUAUCGACAGUGAUACCUCGUUAACAAGUCUCAGUGACUGCUUCCUGGCUUCCUCAGAAGUCAAUUCAAUGCAAGCCAGAGUGGGAAACCCUAUUGACCGACUGUAUUCCAUGCAGAGUUCCUACUUUGCAUCAUGAGGGCUUCCGACACUUUGUUCCCUACAAAAACAAUAAAAAACGGACCCUUAGAGACUAUCGACAGCCAUAUCUGUGCAGUUCUCCUCCCCGAACCCCUCUGAGCUGAGCUGUGAGCAAAAGUUCAGAACAUACCAAGCGAUUGGAUGACCUCAAGGCCCGGAAAACUUUGGAAAAAAAGCAUGAGCAGCGACCUCAAUUUUUUUUCCAUUUAAGAUGAACGAUAAUUGUAAAAAAUAAAAUGGAAGAAUACAGUAUUUGUAUAGAAUUGUGUACAAAAUAGAUUUUUUUUUUCCCCUCUAGAGUAUCGGAAAACCGAAGCCACUGAUAAAAGGUUUCCCUUGUCUUCUCUGAAACUGCAUGAGUGUCACCGUGAUGUGGAAUUAUCAAAUUUGAACUGUGACAAGUUAUUGUAAAUGUGACGUUUUAAACUAUUUUAUUAUUAUUUUUUCUUUCUAAAUUUUGAUUUGAUUUUCUCCAUAGACAAGAAGGGUAGUUUUUAGCCAUUAUAUCAUACGAGCUGGACGAUGAUUUCUCAGAGUCAUUGCCGUCAGGGGAAGGACUGCAUGUUUUUCUGGAGAGAAAUCCCAUUUUUUAUUUUUUUUUAUUUUAAAUUAAUGGUCUUAUGUUCCUUUAAGGUGCUUUAAAGAUGAAAAAAGGAUAAAAAAAAAUGAAAAGAAAAA